AUUCUACCGACUAUCAGUCAGACCAGCGCUGCAUUCUCCAGUCCUCGUUUCAAAACGUCAUCUCGACUGGGUGCUUGCUUGCGAAUAUAAUUUCUGUAAAUAGACAGUCACGCGUUAUCCGCCAAUCGAGAGUGGUAAUGACAAGUAGGCAUACGCGACAAUGGCAUCGGCAUUGGAGCAGUUUGUAAAUAACGUUCGGACGCUCUCGAAACAAGGAAAUUUCAGGGAACUGUGUGAGGUCAUAAGCAAGAGCGCUGAAGUGUUAACAAAACAUGGACAACAUUUGGAUAACGUUUUGGAAACAUUAGACUUACAGCAACACUCAUUGGGUAUCUUAGCAGUACUCUGUGCAAAAUUUUCACUACCCAAUCCUAAUGGUGGAAACAACUCCGAUGCAAAUAAAUCAUUGUUCAAUCAGGUUCAGGAAUUUAUUAUAGGAUGCAAUGGAGAACAAGUUAGACUUGCUCCAGAUACAUAUGCAGAAUUAUGUCACCUGCUUACACAAAGUCUGGUGGAGUCGAAAGCACCAUUACGUGGGAUUGAAUUGUUGCGUCGUGCAAUACGCAAAAUACAGCUAUUCGAUAGCCAGUUGACUUCGAUACACGCCGAUCUUUGCCAGCUAUGCCUCUUAUCCAAAUGUAUGAAGCCAGCGCUUGAGUUCCUCGACAUAGAUGUCACGGGUAUUAGCCAGGAAGGUGGUCAGUUCGAUUCAAAAUACUUCUUACUGUACUACUAUUAUGGUGGCAUGAUAUACACAGCGUUGAAGAAUUACGAUCGAGCGUUGUACUUCUUCGAAGUGUGCGUAACGACGCCCGCGAUGGCUGUGAGCUACAUUAUGCUGGAGGCCUAUAAGAAGUACAUUUUGGUUUCAUUAAUAUUACACGGGAAGGUGUUGAACUUACCGAGGUACACGAGCCAAGUGAUCAACAGAUACAUCAAACCAUUGAGUCAGCAGUAUCAGGAAUUAGCCACAGCCUACUCGAUCAACAGCUGCGAGGAAGUGCAGAGCAUCAUCACCAAGUAUCAGCAAUUAUUCAUCCGAGAUCAUAAUCUGGGACUUGUGAAACAAGUGCUCGCUUACUUAUACAAGAAGAACAUACAGAGGCUGACAAAAACAUUUCUAACACUUAGUUUAAGUGAUGUCGCGAGUAGAGUUCAAUUGUCGGGACCUGCUGACGCGGAGAAUUAUAUUCUGAACAUGAUAGAGGAUGGCGAGAUAUUCGCAACCAUCAAUCAGAAAGACGGCAUGGUUGUGUUUCAUGACGACCCCGAGAAAUAUAACUCACCUCAAAUGCUAGCGAACUUUGAGAAGGAGAUGGCAGCGUGCACUGAAUUAGACAAACGAGUGCAAGAGAUGGAAGAGGAAGUUAUCCUUACGCCGCAAUACGUACGCAAAGCGUGUGGGCAGAAUGACCAGGAUGAUCAAGCUGCCGGACCUACACCAACGAAUGUUACGAAUGCGCAAGGCUACACGUUUUAGAGAAUUGAGAAACAUACGUCGAUGUGUGAACUAUCAACUGCGUACUUGCAACACCGUUACUCGCACGCGUUUAAACUUUAGUUUCUUAUGUUAAGUAUCUUACUAUUUUGGAAAAUAGAAACACAUUAUUUCAGACAGAUAAUAAUUUUAGAUUUUAUACGCAACAUAUAUGGAUGCAGAGUGAUCAACAUACAUCGUGUAUAAAACGUGUUAAAAACAUAAACUUUUAUUCAAAUUGGCGAAAGUCUUACGGAAAAACAUCGUACAAGCUUACAAGUUACAAGUUAAUGCAACUUUUUUUUCGUUCUUAUUGAAUAACAAUAAUUAAUAACUCGUAACUGAAACUGGAAUCUCUAUUCUUUUGUAAUUUGGAUAUCAUAAUGAUUAAUAACUCAGUUGAAACUA